AUGGCCGCCGCUCUGUCGCUCGUCCUCGUCGUCAUCCAACUUCUCAUUUUAUGCGCAUCUUCAGACGAGGACAUUUACUCCAAUGGCUGGAGGCCGAUACCGCGAGAGAGAGUUUUCGGUGACUACUGGAACCUGCAGACUCCUGGAUUCCACGCUGUUAAUCGUGAUGACUUUAUACAAGAAGUUGAUGCUCCUAAAGCUGAUUUGAUGAUGGCUGGUGAAUCGGGAGGUGUCAAUCAAGGAGUAAGCAUCGUUUUGCCGGUCAAUAGAAGACAUUUUGAAUCAGUUUAUAUGAAAUCUGAUAACAAUGACAUUACAUACCGAAGGGGGAAGAAACUGGAGUUUGCUCCGACUGUCUUAAACAUCGUAAGUGACAAAUACGAAAACACCAAUAAAAUCGAUAAAGAAAAUAACAGUACCGGGUAUGAAGUUACAGAAAAUUCAACAGAAGAAUUCGCAGAACAGAACACAGUAACGAGGGAGCAUAACUAUGACGCAGAAAGAGGAAACAAUUUUACGAACAAUCUUCUGAAAAUACUUUCGAAUUACAAGAUACGAGCCGACGAUGUUCUACCAAAUUAUGCCUUAUCUCUGAAGCAGGAGAGUCCCAAAUCUAAUGGCUACGUGUACAUGCGUUUACCGUAUAGGUAUAAUAGUCUGAACCAUGCUCCGGUGGACCCUCUGCUCGCGGUGUUUCUGUCCAACUAUGGUUACUACCUACCCGGGUUAUUUGGUUAUCAGCGCAACUAUAAGAACCUCUACGGCUAUUCUGCCUCCAACAAUAUACAUAAUAAUAAGCCUUUUGGUGCUUAUAAAAUAUUUGCUGAUACUGAUUCAGCUUUAUAG